AAAGAAGAUAACUUUUAUAAUAUACUGUCCGGUAUUUGAUUCCACGAUUAUGUAUAGUGCGAUAAUUUAAUUACUCGUGAUCAAAUUCAUUCGAAAAUGAAAUGUCGGUAGGAAUGCAAUCGUUGUUAAUAUAUAGUACGCUUGUUUCAUUUUAUUUAUCUAAUGGAAGCUAUGCGGGAGAUACGAGCGAAUUUGUUGGUAGUGUGCGAAACUUGAGUGUGACAGUUUUACAAGAUCCGAAAUAUGUAGGAAAGCAAAAUGCAUAUAAAUAUUUAAGAUUGAAUAUAUCUUGGUUACCACCAGACAGCGCUAGGCAGCCUUCCUCUUACAGUGUUAUAGUCACAGGCAUACCAAUAAGGGAGAGAACAAGUAUCACAGAAUGUCCACAAGGAUCACUUUUCUUUAUAUUGAAAGACAGUACCAAACAUAAUGUAGUGCUCCCUGAAUACAACGAUUUAUUUGAUAUUGCAGAUCUGUAUAUACAACUCAAUUGUUCUUACAAGGUGCAAGUCCUGGCAAAUCCAAGGUCAAAAUAUAUAGUAAAUACACCUGAAAUUCUUUAUACAGUUCCUGAAUGUAUAGAUCAUUUAUGCAGUUGUGUUAAUGCCAAAAAAACAUUGCCGAUUCCAAAAGUAAACAUUUCUCAAAAAGAAAAUGAAAUUGUCGUAACUUGGAGCACAACUUCUAACACAUCCAAUAUUCAGUAUUAUACAAUUAGCAUUGGUGUACCAAUUUUUAUAUCAAAGAAAGGACUGCCUGUUUAUAAUAUGACAAAACUAGUACAAGUACCUGUAGAUAAAACUGUAUUUUCAUGGGAUUUAAAAGUCAAUAAUCAGUAUAUAGAAAUUAAAGAUGGUUAUAAAAUAGCAGUUAAUGCUGUUAAUCAUCAUGGAUGCUCUGGACUAGAGGGAGAUAUUAUUAUACAUUUCAUAUCAUCAGCUAAUCGCAAUAUAUGGUUUAUACUAAUUGGAAUACUAACCAGUUGUAUUCUAUUUGGAAUUGUAAGCUUCUUAUUGUAUCGUAACUAUAAUUUCUUUAUGAUACAUAACAGCAAUAAGUCUGGAAUAUGCACAAUUUCUGAAUGUAAAUGUAAAUGGACAAAAGCAAUACUACAGAAGUUCAACAUUUUGUAUAUUAAAUACGAAUCAGAGGAAGAAUAUAUGGAAGGGACAGAUAAUUUGAAAGUGGCAUUCAAAAAUGUAAAAUUAAUACGUGAGCUGGGUACUGGACAGUUUGGAAAAGUAUAUCUUGGUCAGUUAGAUGAUAAAAACAAUACUUCAGUUGCUGUAAAAAUGUCUCAACAAAUAGAUAUAUCCAAUAAUUCUGAAACCCAGCAGGAAUUUAUAAAAGAAAUUGAAAUAAUGAGAAUGGCUGGAAAUCAUCCUCAUUUAGUAAGCCUCAUAGGUUACUGUAUUAAACCUACACAACCAACAUGUAUCCUGCUUGAAUAUAUGCAAGGUGGAGAUCUAUUAACUUACUUGCAUGAUCAAAGAAAGCAACAAAAGAAUGAAACAAAUAAUUACAAACCUGGACAAUAUACAAAUAUUACCAAUAAUUGUAGAGAAGAAAUUGAUGUUUCAGAAACUUUGUAUUCUAUGUGUUCUACGAUACGGAACACAAUGAAUAGUUACAAAUCUGGGCAAUAUAUGAAUAUUAUCAACAAUUGUAAAGAAGAAACAGAAUAUAGAAAAGAAAAUUGGAUUGGUAGAAUAAAAGGACGUCAAUUUCUAAAAUUUGCCACAGAAAUUGCUAUGGGCAUGGAGCACUUGGAAGCUAAAGGAAUUACUCAUAGAGAUCUUGCAGCAAGAAAUAUUCUUCUUAGCGCAGAUUUCACUGCUAAGAUUUCCGACUUUGGGCUUUCUCGCAAUAGUGCAUAUGUGAUAAAAAAUACUGAGAAGAAAAUACGUCAUCUUCCAAUUAGAUGGAUGUCUCCAGAAGCUUUGCAUAACUUAGCCUUCUCUUCAAAAAGUGAUGUAUGGUCUUAUGGAGUGGUACUUUGGGAAAUUAGUACAUUAGGUGCGUUUCCUUAUGCAAAUGUACAAGAUGAUCGCCUAUUUCGUUAUAUUGUUCACGAGAACGGUCGUUUAGAGCAACCAGACAAUGUUUCUUCGAACAUUUACAAAUUAAUGCAUUCUUGUUGGGCUACAGAGUGUGAGAACAGACCAAAUUUUACGCAGUUGCUCUCCGAACUACGAAUUCUAACCUCACAUUCCAACAAUUCUUUCUGGACAAUGUCUAAUCCCUGUUACGCAUUACCAUUCUCAGACAAUAUUGCAUAACAUAAUUUGUUUUUUAAAUAUUCAAAAGAACAAAUAUUCCGAAAAAUGAAAAAUAUUAUUUAUGUAAAAAGAAGAAAUUAAUGUU